AUGUAUCGUCGGUCUAAGACACUACACCAACUUAUCUUAAUUCUAUUCGUUUGUGCAUUAAUUAUUAUAUUAAUAAAUUAUUCAUCUAUUCGACAUACAAAAUGUUCAUCAUGUCCAACAUUAAUAAAUUCAACUAGACCAAUGAUUUUCUCUAAUAAUUAUUCAAAUACAGAAGAUGAAAGUACUGCUGUUGAUGAUCUAUCUAUAUUAUGUUUAGAGUUGGCACAUCGUUUUGAUAGUGAACAAAACUUACCUCAAACAUCUAUGAUAUUUCCACCUUCAUUUUCUUCUUCAAAAACGUUUCGUUUUCCUUAUCGUUAUUCUCAUUGGAAAUCAUCACCUAUUCUUCCUCGUGCAUUCUCUCGCUGUGAACAUACGUUAGCAAUGCAUUUAUUAACAAUAAUUGAUCGACUAUGUCGUCAACAUAAUAUUACUUAUUUCAUAUAUGAAGGAACAUUAUUAGGUUCUGUAAGACAUCAUGAUAUUAUACCUUGGGAUGAUGAUGUUGAUAUAAUGGUACCAUAUCAACAACGUGAAAUUUUUGCUGAUGCGUUCAAACAGAUAAACAAAACAUUGAUUGGAUUAGUUAUAAAUUAUGCUAAUAUACCAGGAAAAAAGUACUAUAAAUUAUCUUAUAAAAAUACUCCAAGUGCUGGAGGAUAUAAAUGGCAAUUUCCAUUUGUUGAUAUUUUCUUUUAUGAACAAGAUCAAUCUUCUUUAUGGAGUUUACAAACACCUGAUACAAAAAUUCGAAAAAGACAUGUUUUUCCAUUAGUUCUAAGACCACUUGGACAAUUAUGGCUACCUGCACCAAGAAACCCUAAACGUUUCUUUGGAUUUGAUCCUUUUGAUGAAUGUAGAAUUCAUUAUUGGAAUCAUAGAAUUGAAAAAGGGCAAAAAGUAGUAACAGCUAAAUGCAAUCUUUUAAGAGAUAUUUAUCCAUUUGUUGAACAAAAUAAUAAAAAAGACUCCGUUGAAAUUUUGAAAAUAAACAAUACUAUUAUUCAUACAGUUAUCUUUAAGAAGGUUCGGUAUGGUGCUUAA